GUCAGUCCAACCUCUUCACCUUCCACGACCCUUUUGAGAUCAAUAUCUUUUGGAAAGUCCUGCGCCUUGACACAAUCUGAAAUCUCCAUAAUGGAACGACAAGAAGCUCCUCCUCCUCCUCCUCCACCUCCACCUCCGCCUCCGCAUGGAAUCCCGUCGUUGCCGCCGCUGUUGCCUCAGAACCCUCCCUACGUUGUCGCUGAUUCCUCGUCGCACCCGCCUCCCAUAGACACCCACCAAGUCCUCGAAGAAAUCAACAGUUUGGUCAGCCUCGCUUCUGGUAGUGCUAGUGCCUGGAUCGAUGGACGGGGUACCCUUGAUGGGGACGCCGCGCGCCAUGAGGCUUCUUUAGUGGCGUCCGAGUACCGAACAGCCAUGGAAGAGAUCAGGGCGAGGAGAUUGGAGAAGCGAUCUAAGGCUGCCGCGAGCAGCAGAGCUCGAAAGGCGGCGAGCCCGAGGUUCGAGUUCCAAACGAGGAGCGAGGACGACCUGCUCGACGAUGGCUUUCGUUGGAGGAAAUACGGGCAGAAAGCCGUCAAGAACAGCACGCACCCCAGGAGCUACUAUCGCUGUGCCCAUAUCGCGUGCAAUGUGAAGAAACAAGUGCAGAGGCUGUCUGAGGACACUAGCAUCGUUGUGACGACUUACGAAGGCAUUCACAAUCAUCCCUCCGAGAAGAUAAUGGAAACCCUAUCUCCUCUUCUGAGGCAGAUUCAAUUGCUCUCUAGAUUUUCGCCCGACAAGUGAUGACCCCUCUUCAAUUCUUGGGCAAUUCUUUAGUUAAUAAUCUGUACACAUAUAUGCGCUUCUUAACUUUAUUCCACUUCCCUUGGUACAUGAACAACUCAAUCUUAACAUAUGAUAACAGUUCUUUUAUGAGCCAAA